AUGGCCGGGCUCGCGCCGCUGCGGCCGCGCCUGUGCCGCCUGGUACGCGGCGAGCAGGGCUACGGCUUCCACCUGCAUGGCGAGAAGGGCCGCCGUGGGCAGUUCGUGCGGCGCGUGGAGCCCGGCUCCCCAGCCGAGGCGGCCGCGCUCCGCGCCGGGGACCGCCUGGUCGAGGUCAACGGCGUCAACGUGGAGGGCGAGACGCACCACCAGGUAGUGCAGAGGAUCAAGGCUGUGGAGGGACAGACGCGGCUGCUGGUGGUGGACAAGGAGACGGACGAGGAGCUGCGCCGGCGGCAGCUCACCUGCACGGAAGAGAUGGCCCAGCAGGGGCUGCCACCCAUCCACGACCCCUGGGAGCCAAAGCAGGACUGGGCAGCCGCGGGGGGCAGUCUGGGCUCCGAGGCUGGCGGGAAGGAUGUGAAUGGGCCCCCCAGGGAGCUGCGUCCGCGGCUCUGUCACAUGAGGAAGGGCCCCCAGGGCUACGGGUUCAACCUGCACAGUGACAAGUCCCGGCCUGGCCAGUAUAUCCGCUCCGUGGACCCCUGCUCACCAGCUGCCCACUCUGGCCUCCGUGCCCAGGACCGGCUCAUCGAGGUGAACGGGCAGAACGUGGAGGGGCUGCGUCACGCUGAGGUCGUGGCCCGCAUCAAGGCGUGCGAGGACGAGGCCCGGCUGCUCGUGGUGGACCCCGAGACCGACGAACACUUCAAGCGGCUGCGGGUCACACCUACCGAGGAGCACGUGCAAGGUCCGCUGCCAUCCCCCAUCUCCAACGGGACCAGCCCCGCCCAGCUCAAUGGCGGCUCAGCGUGCUCCUCUCGAAGCGACCUGCCAGGCUCCGACAAGGACGCGGAGGAUGGCAGCACCUGGAAGCGAGACCCCUUCCAGGAGAGUGGCCUCCACCUGAGCCCCACGGCAGCUGAGGCCAAGGAGAAGGCACGGGCCACGCGGGUCAACAAACGGGCACCGCAGAUGGACUGGAACCGGAAGCGGGAGAUCUUCAGCAACUUCUGAGCCCUGCCUGCGCGCCGGCCCGGCCUCCCUCCCACACGGACCUUGGGGCUCCCGGGCCAGCCCUACACUCCCCAAGCCUCAGUGGGCUGGAGGGGCACCCCCACCCUGGAAGCCAUGGUGGUCCCGCUGCCACUAAGAAACCAGCCAGUGGGUCCCUGUCCCGCCCACCUGGGUGCUGGGACCAUGUUACAGCAAGACGGUGAGAGACAGAGAGCGAG